AUGCUGACUAGUAUUCACCCGGGACUUGAAACUGGAGAUUUUAGGACAGCCCAUACGUUGAUGAGGCGGAUGGUUAAAGAUGGUCUCGUGCCCACUGUUGUUACUUAUGGAACACUGAUUCAUGCAUAUUGCUUGGUGGGCAAUCUUGACGAAGCAAUGAAAAUUUUUACAAACAUGAGUUCUGCAUCAAGGGUAUCACCCAAUACCGUUAUAUAUAAUAAUCUGAUAGACUCUCUCUGCAAGAAUAAGAAAGUAGAAAUUGCUCUUUCCCUAAUGGAUGAUAUGAAAACCAAGGGAGUGAAGCCAAAUACCAACACAUACAAUGCCAUGUUCAAAGGCCUUCAGGAGAUAAACUGGUUGGAGAAAGCACUCCAACUUAUGGAUCAAAUGACUGAACAGGCUUGUAAUCCCGAUUAUAUUACUAUGGAAGUUCUUACGGAUUGGCUUUCUGUUGUGAACGAAACAGAAAAAUUAAGAAAUUUUGUGCAAGGGUAUGAAGUGUCUGCUUCAAUUGCAUAGUGGUUGCCGGAAGGAGAGGCUAAGAUUCUUAGUUCAGUUGUACCAGUUGGCAAUCUACCUUUAGUCAUUUCAGUAUUUGAUGUUAUCGUGGCUAAUUUGUUUGAAGCACAUUGACUAAAUCAUAUGCUUCG